AUGACUUUGGAUACUGUCCAAUUAAAAGGUCAAAUACAACAAUACCUUGUGGAAUCAGGAAACUAUGAAUUAAUUUCGAAUGAAUUAAACGCUAGAUUACUUCAAGAAGGUUGGGUGGAUAAAGUCAAAGAUUUGACCAAAUCAGAAAUGAACAUAAAUGAAUCCACGAACUUCACGCAAGUCUUAUCCUCGGUAGAACCCAAAGCACUAGAGAUGGUAUCGAAUUCAACAAGGGAGACCAUUUUGAACCAAAUAAGGCAAUUUCUCGAAGAGGUUGUGGAUACACAAUGA